CUUGCGAAGAGGCACCAUGAUUCCCUCCUCAGUGGGCCUCGUCGAGCUUCGGCAACGCAUCGAUGAAGUCACGCGUUUUCUCGCCGCCACCGUGGGCAUCGCAAACGCGCACACGGUGGAGUUUUACACGCACGACGUGUGGAGCAGUUUCGUGGCCGUGUCGCCCGAGGAAGUGCUGACUGCAAUAGAGACGAGCGGCCGCCAGGGGGAGCCACAGCUCCAACAGCAAAGCGGAUCCACAGAGCAACGGGGAACCACCUUUGGGUUUUGCCCAGACACAAAGCGACUGGUUGAUGCACACGAACUGUUGCGUGCAGCCAAGGCCCACUCGCUUCCCGGGAUGGGGGUCUGCAUGAGCCGCGACGAGCUUGUGGAGAGCCUCAGACGGGACCCGUCAGAAUUAGGCGUCGAAUUGGAGGCGGAUGAGUUCAUGAACAGCAAGAAGUCGCAUGAGGUGCAGUCCAUGGCGGAGGUGGUGGACUGUUUAGCCAAGCGCUGUGGAGUUAAACAGGUGGUAGACGUGGGUUCGGGGAAGGGCUACCUGAGCUCCUUCCUGUCCCUGCAGCACGGCCUCCGUGUCUUCGGCAUCGACUCGUCCAGCGCCAACACCCACGGGGCCCAGGAGAGGAACCGCAAGCUGAAGAAGUUCUCCAAGGUGUACCAGAAACACCGGAAAGCUGCAAAAGGAGAGCCGGAGCGUCAGGUGGUCACAGACAUAAAAAGUGAAGAAGAGGAAGAUGAGUCCCUGAAGGAUAAGCCGGAGACACCAGACUCAAACCCCAUUGAGGAGUUCUUCUUCAGUCUCAUGUCGUUGGAGGUGAUACAGUCUGGGAGAACUUUCUCCAGCUCGCUGACUGACGAGGAGAGGCAGAGGAGGAAGAGGGAAAACCUCGAGAGGAAGGCCCCAAGCAGAAACGGCGCGACCGGUGCCGUCUUUUCACCGCUCACGUCCUACGUCACCGCCGAAACGCAGCUGAGGGAGCUCAUCCAAGAGCUGGAGGACGCGGUCCUGGUGGGCCUGCACACGUGCGGCGACCUGGCGCCCAGCAUGCUCAGGAUGUUUGCGGCGAGACCGGAGCUGCUCGCCGUCUGCAGCGUGGGAUGCUGCUACAACAAGCUGUCGGAGGAGUUUGAGCCUGACGCACACGACUGUUCGUGCGGUCCCUUCGGGUUCCCUCUGAGUCAGCACCUGCGCCGCCGUUCGUGGUUCUGCGGCAGAAACGCCAGGAUGUCGGCGUGCUUGGCGCUGGAAAGAGUUACGCUGGGCCACGGGAUUCAGAUGGAGUCGCUGUUCUACCGGGCGGUCCUGCACGUUAUUCUCCGGGACCACUACGGCGCCUACAAAAGUGAGAAGCGAGUGGGGAAUGUUUACUCCAAGACGAAAUCCUUCGUGGAUUAUGUCCGACGGGCUCUCCGCAAACUGGAUCUGGACGAUUCACGGCUCUCCGACGGGGACAUUCAGCGGUACCACGACGCCCAUGUGCCGCGCCAGCCCGAGAUCCGCGCUUUUAAUCUGUUGAAGGUGACCCUGGCUCCUUGCAUUGAAGGCCUCAUUCUCCUGGACCGCCUGUGCUACCUGAAAGAGCAGGACGAGGACUCCUUUGCCGCUUUGGUGCAACUCUUCGACCCGCUUCUGUCGCCGAGAUGCUACGCCGUCGUCGCGCUGAAGAACUGAUGUGACGGCAGCUCCGUUUUUUUGCACACCAAUUCGUAUACUUUUGCAAUAAAGUGAUUUCUUUUUUAAAAGAGAACUGGUGCAACAUGUGCUGGAAAACACCUGGAAAAAGCGCCAGUCCCGUUUGAUUGACCUAUGUCAGUUUUUUUUUUUUUUUGUCUUUUCAUCUUGACGUGCGAGCGUGUCUCAAACGCUCAUUUUUUUAGCGGUGCUCGGGCAGCCGGGCCCUUUGGGGGUGUUUUCGGCAAAACCUGGAUCGCCGCGCGGGUCUGGAAAGACCAUCGCGAGGCUCCCCGGUGUCAGAGGAAGAGGCCUUGACCUCUCUUUAAUCUGUACAGCUGUUUUGUUGGCUCCCCCAAUAAAUCUUACAUGCUUGGAAAUGAAUAUUGUAGCAGCGCAGACGCAUGAAUUAUGAAUGGAAUCAGGCGCCGUGUGGAGCUGCAGCAUUUGGGGCGACCGCAAACAUCUAGCCGCGCCGCCGCGAGGUUGCUUUUUUUCCACUACUCCACGUGAAUUUUCACACUUGCGGGCGGGAAACUUUGUCAGAAAUGACAUCCAAUAAAUAUGAUUGAAUUCAUCCAAAACAAAAAGGCUCCUACGUUGCGCGCAUCAGGGCGGUUUUACUUCACAGUUAAUAUCGCAACCAUCGGCGGAGAGCGAGGCUCGGCCCUGUAGCGGUGAUUAUCCGUUUCCUGCGUGAUCUUUAUCUGCAGGGGUGAAGAAGCAGCGGUUCCGGAGUAAAUAGCACGGGGGGAAAUUACUCACUAUGUGUGGGGAGGAAAUGUUGCCUUAGUGGCGGUAGAGUAUCUAGAGUAUGGAAAUAUCUACGGAAAUGCUCUCCGUGGAAAAGGUUUGAUCACUUUUUUAUUUUAUUUUCCCACGUAUUGCUUAAAUUAGAUACAGGAAAUGAGAAUUUUGACGGAUUAUUGAGUUGAGUCUGUUCACUUUGAUGCGCCCUUUUCAAAAAAGGAAAACUUGAUGGAAAAUUGCAACAAACGGGGGAAGAAAUUUGAACAAAAAUGAAAAGAUUUAGAUUUAAGGAAUAUAUUUUUGGUUGAAAUGUUCAAAAUGUUUUCAACACUCCCUAUUUCUAGA